AUGGAUAAUAUUCAACCUUCCUCUUCGGGGAAGUAUGAAUUCGAGGUUUUUUCAGUUUUUCAGCUCAAAGAAGUAUUAUUUUCAGGAACAAUUGGAAGAGGAGAAACCUCUGCGUGUCUUCACGUAUCGACCUGUUCAGAGAAAGGUCAAAAUGAUCAUUUCAAAGGAAGGAAAAUAAUAUUUUUUCGCAUUUUUCAGGUUGUCGUCAAACAGUCGUCAGUUGUCAAGCAGUCGCCAGUCGUCAAACAAGUCCAGGAACCCCCUGUCAGGCAGUAUAAAAUGGUCAGAAGGCAUCCGGCAAAGGUUUUUCUCGUGAAACUCUCGGAAAAAGUCAUAAUUUUACUUUUUUGAGGUUUUGUACUGCGAUAUUUGCGACAAAGAGUUCAAAUACCCCUCGAAGAUCGCCGAGCACAUGAGGAAGCAUACAGGUGAGAAAAUUGAAGAGAAAAAUAUACACAUUUAAAAUUUUUCAGAAGAAAAAAAAGUUCAAAAGGGAAAAGUAGUCAGAAAACCAUUUUUUUCGCUGUGUUUCCUGGAAAAGAUUCUCCAUAAACUAACACUUCAGAAAUAAAUAUUAAUAUUCGAAAUAACCCACAAUUUGCAUUUUCUUCUCCUCUCUUUUUUAAACCGUGAUUUUUUUCAAACCAAACACCGAAUUCAAUUUAGAAAGAUUUUUUUGAGAAAAAAUCUUUAAAAAAAUCAAAUAUAGUUAGGUUUUGUUCUUUUUUUGUAAUAAGUACCCGAUGAUGAAAAAUUUCGAAUAUCAAAAAAAAAUUUUUUUUUAACCAAAGAAAUCAAAAAAAUUAUCGAAUUUUCCUGUUUUUUUCCAAUUUGCUAGGGAUUGUCUCGCAGAACUGUUUUUUUCCGGAAUAAUAAAAAAACAAUACAGUUUUUUUGAAUGUUGUCUUAAUUUCUAUUGAAAGGUCAAAGAGAAAAACACAAAAAAAUGAAACAAUUUUAAAACAAUUUAAAAAAAGAAAAAAAGCCAUUUUUACCUUUCUAAAAAUCACAUUUUUUUGAGAUUUGAAAAGUCGGAAAACCGAAGUUUUUCCAAUUUGUUCCAUCGAGUAAUUUGAAAAAGUUGAUUAUUUUUUUCAAGGGGAACGCCCCUUCCGCUGUCGACUUUGCGGGAUGACCUUUGCCCAGCAACACUGUCUCAAGACCCAUGAACGUCUUCACAAGGGCGAACGGCCUUUCCAAUGCAACUUCUGUUCGAAAUCCUUCUCCUCUGACAGAUAUCUCAAGGAUCACGUUAAGGUUUGUUCGAAAAUUGACUGACACAAUUUGAAGUGCCUGUUUGAGGGGUUUUUUAAGGUAUUAUCAGUCUUCUAAAGCUUGCUAAUUUUCUGGAUAUUUAAAAAAAGAAUUUCUAUCUUCUUGCGAGAUCCGGAAUUAUUCAAUAAACAUCUUAAUAUAGAAAGAACAAGAGGUUUUCGAGAUACAGCAGUGUCAGCAGCUGUUAUAGGAAAUUUCGACCUCUUAAGGGAUUACUUUGAUUUUCCUGAAGAUCGAAAUUCGAGAUGGAAGGUGGAAUAAGCGGUCAAAAUCUGUUGAAACUAUUUGGAUCUCUUGAAAAAUGAUAAUUAUCGCGAUUAAAAAACAAUAUUUUUGUCCAUUACAGUCGGUAUUUGGAGAUUUCCACCCCUUAAGUGGUCACUUCAUGUUUCCUCAAGAUCAGAAAAUUCAAGAUAAAAGUUUGAAAAAAGGUAUCUCUAGCCUCUCACUUCUUAUUGAUCUCAGAAAAUGUAUCACUUUAAACCAAGGUAAUAAUUUUUAGGGAAGACUGUUAAUGAAAUUUCAACCUUGAAAAAGGGCUUCAGAUGCAUAUUCAACCAAUGAAAAAGGGCUUCAGAUGCAUAUGCAAGAGGAAAAAUCUUCGCCUCCGGGGCAGCAACAAAAUUUUAAGGAGGAAAUCCGUGACCAGAGCGAUAUCAUGCAACUUGGUGCGUUAUAUUCAUUUUCAAUAUCGGAAAUUCAGCUUUAGAAAGCAAAUUAUAAUGAGGAAAGAGUCUCGAAUCAAUGUUGAGGAUUUUCCAAAAAGAUACAGAUUCUCAAUAUUCUUUUUUUAGCUUUAUUAUUAAAUUUUACUUUUUAACUAGUUUUUCAAAAAGGCGCACGAAAAGAGAACUUUCGUUCCGAAAAAAACAUACGUCUAUGAAAACUAUUCAGAAAAAGUCAAAAAAAGAAAUGAUCAACGCAAUUUUCGAUAUUUGAGGCUACAAGCUCAAGAAGUUUAUUUUUUUCAGGUUCUUUUCAGGUGUCAGUUGACAAAAAAACUUUUUUUGAGUUGAAGUAAACAAAAAUAUUUUUUUCUUUGAAAAAUAUUAUUCUGACCUCAAGUUAUUUCCCUUCUAAAAAUUUUCAAAAACUAAUUUUACCCUAAUUUUUAUCGGUUUGACAAGUCAGAAUUUCCAGAUCUUCAAAAAGAAAAUGUUGCAGAUCUAAAAGAAGAUUUUCAAACAGAAACCCUUCAUCCGGACCGAGUAAACGAAAUGCAGCAGUUUUAUCUCUGUCCCAUCCCCAAUUGCGGAACUCAGAGCGUCGAUGAACGCGAGGUGAGUUCGAAAAAGUGGGCAAGAAAAAUGAAGAGAAGGUUUUUUCAUUCCUUCGAACUUUGAAUAGUUCAUAGAUUCCCAAGAUGAUUGAAUAUUUUAGAAUCAUUCCUACAUCCGCUGUUAAUCUCCUUGAAAUGCUGAAAUAGAACAGAAAAAAAGUGGAAAAAUAAAAAAAUGAAGAGAACAUUUCUUUUUGUUUGAAUUUCAAGCUUCAUAUGAUUCAUCGAUCUUCUCGGAAUAAUUGAACUUUUGGAAAACAUUCUUAAAUUUACUGAUAAUCUGAAACAUCAAAGUAAAAACAAAACGAAGAAAUAAAAUGGAAAAAAAUCUUCCAAAAAUCUUUCCUAGAACUACCAUGGGACCAAAACCUUAAAAGUUCUUUAAAUAUCCCGCAAAAGUUGCCAAAAGUCUUUUUAGAAUCACUCUUUUUGCUCCUUUUUUCACUUUGAUCCGCCGUUUGAACUUUUGUGACGAUGGCUUCUAGACCUGAAUGAAUGUCAGAAAUUUUUGGAGCUCCGCAGAAAAGCUUGAAUUUUAAAAUCUGCAAAAAAUAUUUUUUUUAUAACCCCAAAAAUUAUGUCCUUCCUAAACUUUUUCUCUUCUGUCCGUUCAUUUUGUACAUUCAUCAUGUAUUUAGUUUAUGAUGUGGAAAUUCCUUAAACUAUACGUUUAAAGUUUGAUUAGAGAAUUUUCCGAAAUAUAUAGAGCUUUUAGAUCUUCAUCUGGUAAAUCUGAUACAGCAUAAUGGAGAAUUUAAAAAAAGCAAAAAAUUUUCAAAUGCUCUUUAUUUUUUUGAAUUUGAGUUCUUUAUGGUCCGAGUUAUAAUAAAAAAAUAUUUAAUAUAAAAAUUUAAGCUUUUUCCAAAAAAACGUGAGUAGUGGAGAAAAAUGGAAAUAUUCAUUUGAAUUUUUGAAAACGGGAGAAAAAAAUUGAACAACUCGCUAUUAAUCUCUUUCAUGAUCUCUACACUAUUCUUUUUAUAAAUAUUCUUUCUUGAAAGUGUAAUUUUUCUCAGAUUGAGCAACACAUUCUGAUGGUUCAUCCUGAAGAAAGCACCUGGCAGGUUUACGACAGUCAAAACGGGAAUCAAUUCGAUAAUCAUUUCGAAUAUAUUCACUACGAUGACCGGCCGUCCGGUACGUCUUUGAUCGGAGUCGAAAUUUUCGAGAAAAAUGACCCUUCUGUUUUACGAGUUUUUUGAAAAAUUUGGAAAAAGAAAGAGUGAUUUUGAAAGCGUUUUGAGAAGAAAAAUGCAGGGAACAGUAAUUCAUAAGCAAAAAAAGUAUCUUUUUUUAUGUUCAAAUAAUUUUUUUACUCAAUCAGAAUUCGAUGCAAAUGAAGUUCCUGUGGAUAUUUUGGAGGUCGAAGAUGGAAAUCAGGACGAUUCGAAACAGAAUUUCAAUCCUCCGAUGCAUCAAAUUCAUCCCGAAACGGUUUUUAGAAGAAAAAAAGAAAAAUUAUCAUUUUUUUAGAUGUAUUAUACGCAAGCGGAGUACGUGCCGCCGCCGACGAAAGAAGUCGAGGUUUUCGAAAAAAAGGAAAGAAGUUAUAAAAUGGAUUAUUGAAGAUUCACACUUCCGGGGGUGUUUUAACGGAACAAAUGAUCUAUGCGCAGCCGAAUCACACCGCUCUGAUUGGCCAACUUCUCAUGGAAGAGUUUUUGGAAUUUGUUUCCGUUUGAGAAAGAUUUUUGGUUUUUCAGUACCACAUACUUGGAGAUGAACGACGAGCAGGAUGAAGAACGGGUCAGGGUUUUGGUGAACACGGAUCCGUCGAGGAAAAACGCCAAUUAUAAGGUUUGAAAUCGGAAAAAAAAAUCAUUCAAAUUAGUUUUUUAAAGUUGCUCGAAACUGGAUGAAUAUUCUAUGAACCGUGAAUUAAAAGUAUUCGGGGUUUAGAAAAUUAAAUAGAAGAAUUUAAGUCUAACUUUGAAAGAUUUUCUUUGCUCAUAAUUACCCUUAAAAAAAGCCCUGAAGUUGACUCUUAAAAAAUUAAAUUAAAGUAAAUGGCUUCAUAAAACGAAAUUUUGACAAAAAUCUUUUGAAAUUGUUGGAAAAAGAGGAGAUUCUUUUUUUUGCAAUUUUCUCCUGAAAAUUUUCGAUUUAGAGCUGGCGAAAAAGUUUGAAACAAUAAGGACAAAGGAAACUUUCCGAGGUUAAAAAAAGUUCAAUUUUUAAGUCACUCACUUAAAAGGAGUGUAUCUGAUUCACGACUGGCUUGAGCCAUUGAAAAAUGGUCCUGACGCGAUAAAAAAAAAAGAAAGGAAAUAGUGGAGAGCGCAGACAGGCCACGCCUUUUUGGGGCCAAACUGGCCGUGAAGCAGAUAUAUGAAAAAGUUCUUGAAGAACAUUUUUGAGAAAAGUCUCCAUUCAAAAGCCUUCUUCUUCCUCAUACGCCUUUGUACUGUUUGAGCGGCGUCGGUGCCCCGAGUCGAUUAGCCGGGGUCCUAUCCUGAUAUCAGUGGACUGGCUCUAGUGACAUAUCCGUCCUUGUGUGAGACUGCUGAUGAUUAUGAAGCCGUGGUUUUCCCACUGCCAAUAUUUCUUAAACCCCUUGGUUGUGUCGAGGCUUGGAUUGAACUUGUGACCCCGUGGACCGUAGAUAGGCUCACAACCUGUUGCGCUACGGCUCGCCCCAAUUCAUUAGUUGAUGCUUUUCAGACGAUAGCCGAGGUCGAAGUGGAAGCUUCGAUGCUGGAAAUGGUGGCGCCGACGCGACAUCUCCAAAUGGCGACAAUCGGGCCCAAAACCAAGAAAAAACGUGUGAAAGAGCCCAAAAACCUGGACUGGAUCAUUGACGCUGUCGCCAAAGUCAGCCGUUUUCCAUUCCCGCUUUUUUUCAUUUCGAUUUUGAAAAUCGUCGAAAUGGACUAUAAAGAGAAAAAGAAUUAAAAAUUGAUAACUUCCAUUUUAAUUUAUUGAAGAAUAAAAUUAAAAAGAAAAAAUCGCUCUCGUUGUAGAACCUAAUUUUUAUUGAUAACUUUUGACAGAAUUGUAAUUUUUCAUUUUCUCACUCGGUCCAUCUUUCAGGGAGUCGACGUCGAUUCGGCGAGUCCCCAUCGUCGAAAAUUGCCUCAAAUCCAUAAAUGCGAAUAUUGUGGCAAAAUCGACAAGUAUCCGAGCAAAAUAAAGGUUUUUUCCACGUAAAUUAACAAUUUGAGAAGUUUUUGAAACGAUUUUUGUCUAUAAUUUGUGAAAUAGCAGAAUUUUCCGUCACCUUAUCUGAAAUUUGAUUUUUCUUUUUUUCACAGAAGAAAAUGUCAAUAGAAAAGUUGAUUUUUGAAAAAUAAUUUUGACGUAGAAGUGAGAAUCCGGUCGUUUUUUAUCAAUAAAAAUCACUUUUUGAAGAACUAGAGACGUUUUUUUCCCUGAGCUUACAUCAAACUGUUUUCUUGAAGAAGAUGCAGGAUUUAUAUUGGACAAAAUAGUUUUGAAGCGAGAAAUUUGUAAGAUUUCUACUAACUACGGAAAUAUUUCACUUUUGAUAAAACUUUGCUGAAAUGCCUUAUAAGGCUUCUUGAUGCUGUACAAUAAAAAAAAUCUUGCAGUAGAUCUUUUUUGCGAGCUGUGAAGCUUUCAAGGUUGCACCAAAAUAAUCUGUUCUGGAAUGAAGAGGCCCCAAAGUACACAGAGCUUCAUCGAAAUUCCAUAUGAGGGCUAAAAGGACAUUAGUAGUUUUUCGUUUCCUUUUAGCAACUCACAGAAUAAAAAUAAAAUCAAUUUUUCAAUCUCAGGCGCACAUGAGAGUCCACACGGGCGAGAAGCCAUUCAAAUGUGAAAUUUGUGGAAUGUGCUUCGCUCAGAGGACUCCGAUGCGACUGCACCUCCGGAGACAUCUCGACCAGAAGCCGUUCGUUUUUUUUUCGAUUCGAAAUUUUUUCUGGACAAGUUAAUAAGUUGAAAGAAAGUCUUCAGAUAAACUUUCUCAAAAAAAAGGGGAGUAAAAAAGAUCCGAAAUCAGCAGCUUCCAGGACCAUAAGAGUAAACAGACAUAAAAGAGAGAGAUAAAAAGCUGUACAGAGAGCUGUCCGCUCAGCCGCCUAGAUCUGGAGGCUUCGGGGGACUGAAUCAAAGAGCAACUAGCAAAGUUGGAACUUGAUCCUUCGGCAAGAUUCAAAGACGUCAAGUCGGAAUAGAUCUAGCAUGCCAAAGUUGCCUCAUCACUGAUAACGUGACAAAGACGCUCAGAGGGACGUCCAGGGAUAGAGCCAGGAGAUCAAUCUCAAUCACUCAUAGAUGGCUAGACCAACCGGUUACUGCAUUACAAAAGUAAAUGGAGGUACGGUAUGUCCCCUGGAAAAAGGGAGGGAAAAACCAGGAGCAUUUUUUGGCCUUUUCCUGUCCCUAUGCCAUCGGGACAGAUGAAAUGUUCCAAAUCAAAGGAACUUUGAAGUUCAGCAUUUUGAACGCUUUGUCACGAGGCCUUAUUAAAGAAAGGCCUCGUGAUUAGGCGAUUCCUGUCUUAUAUCGAUUUUUUUCUUAUUAAAAAAAGAGUGUUCAUUUCAGGUACCUGUGUAUAGUCGACGGAUGCGGAGAACGUUUCGUUUCGGGAGCUCUUCUCAACGUUCAUGUCCAUGCCAAGCAUUUCAUGACCAAGAAGUUCGUUUCCAAAAAUGUCUCCUUUUAUGUGAAAUAGCCUUUUUUUAUAUUAAGAAAUCCGGUUCUUGAGUUUUCAGCAAUAUUCCUUUAUUUUUCAGGUACGUCUGUAUCAAAGGCUGCGGCCGAUUCUUCGCCAGCGCCAAGAACCAAAGGAACCACGAGGAGAGAUGCUUCUACAGCGCCAACAACGCCGUUCUCGACCAGUUCCUGUCUUCCGACGAAGAGUUCCAAGAAGAGGAGGAAGACCUCGACGAGCUCGGCUUCAACGCUUCGGAGCCAAUUGUAAGACGUUGAGAUAUGUCGGGAGACAUCUUUUCUGAAAAGAUAACGAGUUUUCUUCAAGUUAGGAGUUUCCUCGUCCCUCACCACAUCCUGAACUGUUCCUUUUGAACUUUCGAAGUAGCGCUUUUAAGCUUAAAAGCAGAAUUUUCUGGGUUUUAACUAUUUUUUCAAAUCAAAUCCGAGUUUUCCUGGUAAUCUCUGAUUUAAUAGCAUUUUAGAAAUAAUUUAGGCAAAUUUCAGACCCCCAUGGCUUUUUUUCUCCAUCAAAAGUUUGUUAUUAUCUAUUUAUUAAUUAUCAAUUUUCAGGUCGAAUCAACGGGGAUGUUUUUCCGAUGGACCUGUCUUUCUACAUGA